GGCCGGAGGAGGAGAAAACCCCAACUCCUACCUCGUCCUGUAUAACUACCCCUCCUUCUCCGGCGCCUUCGCCGCUCUCUUCGCCCACCUCUACCUCUCCCGCCGCCUCCUUCCCUUCCUCGUCCUCCCCUUCUCCUCCGUCGAGCCUUUUCGGGUAGAGGAUUUCAAUUUUGGAGGUGUGGAUACAUGCUAUCUUCUCGAUUUCAUUGGCCCGAAGGGCUUUGCUAUUGAGCUUUCUCGAAUCAUACCUCGGGUGAUAGCAUUUGACCACCGCAAGUCUACAAUGGCAAGAAUUUCGCAAUUUCGAGAAUGCCCGGAAAAUCUCAAACUGCGCGUUGAUACCAGCAAGUGCAGUGCUCGUACUGUCUAUGAAUUCUUCUCAGAGAAGCUCUCCGAAAUGAAUUCUUCGUCGGGCGAUUCUGUGAGUCUAUUGAAUCAGGAAGAUGAAGAUCGUGUUGCAACAGUACUAAGGUAUUUAGAGGAUACAGAUCUUCACCAGUGGGAAUUGCCUGACAUCAAGGCAUUUAAUAUUGGAAUCAAAGAUGAGCGUGCAAAGUUGAAUUGUGUUACCAAUCCUCAUGUUUUUAAACAGCUUCUGGAAAUUGAUGCUGGUGAUAUGAUUGCCAAGGGUUAUUCCUAUACUUGUGCCCGUCAAGAUGCUGCAAAUAAGUUGUUGGAUAAGGCCUUCAAGAUUCGGUUAGGGAGAGGUUUAUAUGGCGAAUGCCUGGCAAUCAGGGAUGAUGGCAAUUCAGAUUUGAGCCAUGAAAUUGGUGUCGAACUCAGUAGAAGGAGUAAGGCAGCUGGUUUAAGGCCCAUAGGAGCAGUUGUGUUCAUGCAACGGAGUAAUCUAAAAAUGUGCUUGAGGAGCACAGACAAAUCCACUGACACCUCAGAGAUUGCCAAGGCAUAUGGAGGAGGAGGAAGCCAUGGUUCGAGCUCCUUUAUAAUAAGAAUGGAUGAGUACAACCACUGGACUUCUGUAGUUUGAAGAUAAAUUUGUAUAGGUAAAAAUCAAAUCCUUGUUCUGCUUAACUGCUUCACUGAGGUGACUCAUGCUAGUGGUACAGUUGUGGUUUUAGAUCUUAAAAGUAAAUGCUGGUAGAAAGUUGGUUCAUGCUGCAUAUGUGUGUCUCCAUUUUACAACUGAUAAUCCAGUGUUCUGAAGCUUUUAUGCAGAAUAUAAAAGUUCUCUAUGUGGUGUGGUUACUUUUUGAGACUUCCUUGUGCGUUAACUUAAGCCUCUUUCCACAUGUAAAUGUCCAGUGCUAAAAGAGCAGAUAACUUAUAAAUAUUUUAGCACUAAGAUUCAGAAUCAACAGGGAGGGUCUACAAGUACAUGAUAGAUUACUUUUUGUUUAACUGAAAAGAAAACCAGUCAAAAAAAAUCAUCAAUCCAUUAAAGAACAAAAAUUAAAGGUAUAAAGUCCUGUAUCAAAUCAUCAAUCCAUUAAAGAACAAAAAUUAAAGGUAUAAAGUCCUGUAUCACUGUAUUUUUUACUGCAGUACUUAUAGAGCAUUUCUAGGUCAGAGUAGGUUUGACUUAACUUCAAUCUAACCCUACCUUCCGUAGCUGAGAUUUUAUUGGACCAAACCUGACAUGAGUCCAGCAAAUCCUUGCUUAACUCUGCAAUUGUUUGGUUUAGCAGGCUCAGCUUCCUAAGGUGCAGUUUUUGCAGUACGUGUAAAAGGAUAUUAUAAGCCACAUGCUCUUAAAGAAAAUAUUCUUACUUUUGUGCUUUAGUUACAAAUUUACGACUAGAUCUUGAUCAAUCAAUAGGAGAUGGUCUACUUUGUUGGCAUGACAAGGAUGCAAAAGAUUAAUGCUCUCACUUAAUUCAAAGUCAAGUUCCAAAUUUAUUGUCAACCAUUUUCCUUAUAAAGCCUUUAAUGACACUCUUAUAUCUACACAAAUGUUUUACAGUUAGCAACUGAAAUGUGUUAUAUAUUUUUCCUAGCAAAUUGGUAAGCAACAUUAUGUGUAUGUGUCCUUAUUUCAUUAGUCCCAAAAUGUAUAUUUAAUAUUUAUAGUUGCUUUUGUGGCUUACAACAAAGCUUAACGAGGGGUACCAUUUAAGCUGUAUUGUAAUAGUGAAGCCUGGAAGAAAUCAUUACCAGUGAUGCUAAGAUGUCUAUAUGAGGAAAUUUACAAGCAAAAAAAGGAGAACCGAAAAUGUUGGCAGGAAGGACAUUCACCUACAUGCUUCCCUUCAGCUUGAGGUUGUUGGACAAGUGUAGUGUUUAUCACAGCUGUCAUGCACGAGUCCUGAGCUUACUUCUCCAUGCUUUGCAAAGAUUUAAAUUAUGCUCAAUUAGUGCAACUAUGAUCUGAUGAUCUGAAGAGCCCGGCAUCUCUUCCAUGUUUUCUUAUGAUAUUAGAAAUUGAUGGAGUACAACAGUUCCAAUUGCUAUGGAAGGAUGAAGUUCAUUUUACCGGUAACAGGAUUUCAAAUGGAUGGAAUAAUUGUUAGUAAGUGUUUAGGAUCAAUCGAGUUAUAUCUUCUGAAGCAACCAGUUGAAAAUUAAACUUACAGCCCUUUGCACGGAAGAACUUGGUGUUCUGGUGUUUGCCAAGCUUUCUGAAGAUUUACAUUGGCUCCAGUGAACCCCAGGCCAUGAAAUCGAUCGAUCUCUGCUUCUCAUUGUAGGCAUAUCAGUCUGAAGCUGUUCCAUUGAUCAUUAGGUCUGUUCAACAUACUGUACCAACACAAACUGAUGAACCAUUGGGUGAAGUGGAGUGUCUACAGUCAUUCAAAUGGAUUUUCAGCAAAGGUGAACUCAAGACAGCGGAACAGGCCAAGGAGAAAGGUGCGUCGGCCGACAAGGUUUUAGAAUCUCCAUGUCUGAUAUCCCACUAACAGAAUCCAGACUGCUGAGUCAAGCGAUAAUUAAAGAGUAUGCCAGCUUUAGUUUGUGGGGCUUGCUGGGUGGAAGGUAACCAAGGACUGCGGGAGCUGCAAGUGAUUGAUUUGGUGUAGGACUUGUUCGCAGUAUAUGCUGCUGUAACCAUCACACACGGCAAGUUAUCAUAGCUCAGGUUUGGAAACUUCUGCGAUGAUUCAUCGUUGUAAUCACUAACAGAUGAAACCCUAAGUUUUCACAAAGGAUGUUUCAUAUGAAGCAAAUGAACCUUAUAGUGUGUAUGCUUUUUGUGUUUUGAGGAUUAUUGAUGUAAAUCAUUGCUUUUAUUGGAUUUUUAAUGCAUGUAAAAAUUGUGGAGCA